UUCGGCCCGCUGUCGACACACCUGCGCCAUCGGUGAACUUUAACUCUCUACUAGCCAUUUGCGUUAAUUCAGAGAACACCUUUACUUCCCUUCACAACUUCAAACUCUUUUCCUUUCCGAGUGACAUUGUUUUGCUGUUCGAUAAGGCGAUAAUUGCAGCACAAGAGGGUUUGCUGUUGCAACCGAGCUCGCGAGUGGUAAUCAGCAAUGUGGAAUUUUAUAUGAGGAAAAUUUGAAAUUCCUUUAAGAAGGAGGAUUUUUAUAUCUUGAGUGUUAUAGUGAUAUGAUCUGGAGAUAUGAGUAACAAAUGUUAUAUUUUAAGCACUUUAUAGAUAGGAAAGCUACAAGAUGAUGAAGAAUAUGAUGUAAUAUCCAUGCAAACUGAGCAGUGCUUAACGAUGUUCCGAAGAAGGCAAAAAAUCCUUGUGCCUCUUCUGUUCCUCCUCAUCUACCUUUUCUUGCGGCCUGCUAACAACGCCAGAAUUAGUCAGAAGCAAAUCAUACAAGAAAUUCAAGGCAAAGGAGCGGUCGUAGAGGAGAACGCAGAUCAAGACAUCGUAUUCGACGAGAUUAAUGCCGACUCUGCAGAGCGAGAAGAGGACGACGGGCAGUUCCCUUUCAAAUUUCUCAUCGACGAGCCUCACUUCUGCGCCGAGGAUCUUCUCGUCUUGAACAUGAUGCCGGUAGAGCGUGGGCGACGCCGAGGCUCGGGCGCGGGUGAGGAGGAUGUGGGGCUCCAGGGAGGUCGAGGCCUCAGCCAGGCUCCGGCCUCUGUUCCUGGUGGGGGAGUCCCGUGACGCCGAGCAGCAGCGCCGCCUUCAGGACGAGAGCGACGAGUACCACGACGUGAUCCAGGUGGGCUUCGUGGACUCGUACCUCAACCUGACGCUGAAGACCCUGUCGGCGCUGCACUGGAAGCACACGCGCUGCCGCCACGUCCCCUGGCUGCUCAAGAGCGACGCCGAUGUCUUCAUGAACCCUUGGUCCGUCUCGGAAGUCCUUCAGAAAGCAACCGAGGACAUUGUCUGCCGCGUGCUGUAUGCCCGAAUCGUGUGUCGGCCUCACAACUGCAAGGAUAAGAGAUGGAUCAUCCCGCCUGAAUUAUAUCCCCACGACCAUUACCCACCCUACUGCAACGGCCCGGUCUACGCCGUCAACCAGAAGUUCGUCCAGACUGUACUACCCGCCGCGUCUGCCAAAAACCCUUUCCCGAUGGAGGACGCCUACUUCACGGGCAUCCUCGUCCAGGGCACGAGUCUCCGCUACAAGGACAUCGCCAAACGCUGCCAACUCUACCACCUGAAAGAGCCUCCCCACGACGCGAUUGCCAGCGGGAAUAUGCUCUUCGUUGUCAACCCAGAAGAGAAAAGCGGACGGCGGUACACGCUCGAAGACCUCUGGAAGAGACUCAAGGCUUCGCGACUCUCACACAGGGGGCGGGGUUGAGCCUAGAAGGGCCGCUGUGCGGUUCUCUUCUGCUUCGUGUAGAAAGGGUUUCGAAAGAAAUAGCAGAAGGAUUAUUUUCUGAUUGCUGAUGCAAAAUUACUGCUUUUACUAAGAAUAACAAUUCAAUAGUAGUGAUAACUACUUUGCUACUAACAUAUUAUAAUUUUCCUUAUCAUUCCUGUUUUGUUAUUUUUGUUGUUGGCUAUUACUGGUAUUGUUCCUGUUUGUAUUGUUGGUAUCAUUUUAAUCACUACUGCUGCUAGGAGUAGUAAUGGUAUUAUCAUUAUCAUUUUUUUUUUCAAUAAUGAUAAUCAUCAUCAUUUCAUCAUCAUCUCCACCACCAACCUCAGCAUCGUAAUUAUGAUUAUUGAUAUUGUUAUUAGUUGUUGGUGU